AUGGGUUCUUAUGAGAACCACACAGAUACAUAUAAGGAGCCCAUGAGUACAUACAGGGAGCACACAGGUAUGAAUAAGGAGGCCACAAGCACUUCUAAGAAGCACAUGGGUGAAGACAAGUCUGGACAGGAUGUGUUAUUGUUCCUGGAAGGAAGCCUAACUUUCACCAGGGCCCGUGGAGGACCACAAAGAUCAAACAUGUCUAGGGGAGUGAGGUUUAACUUUCAGGGAUUCUGCUGAAUGAAAGCCAUGAUCCACAUGAUCAAGGAGAUUAAUAAGAGGAAGGACACUUUGCCCAACAUCACUUUGGGCUAUCAGAUCUUUGAUACCUGUUUUACCAUCUCCAAAUCACUGGAAGCAGCUUUGGUACUUCUUACAGGGCAGGAAGAAAGCAGGCCCAAUUUUAGGAACAGCACUGGAGCAUUUUGAGGAAUUGUUGGAGCAGUUGGAUCAUCCUUAUCAGUUGCUGCUUCAAGAAUUCUAGGGCUAUAUUAUUUGCCUCAAGUGGGCUAUGCCUCUACCUGCGUGAUUCUUAGUGACAAAUACCAGUUUCCAUCUUAUCUUCGUGUAAUAGCCAGUGAUAAGAUCCAGUUGAAGGUCAUGGUAAAACUUAUCCAACACUUUCACUGGGUCUGGGUAGGCGCUAUAGCAGCUGAUGGUGAUUAUGGAAAAUAUGGAGUAAAAACUUUUAAGGAAAAUAUGCAGAAUGCCAACCUCUGUAUCGCAUUUGCUGAAAUCAUUCCCAAAGUCUAUUCCAAUGAAGCGUGGGUUAUCUCAGCCCUCAUUGCAAAGCCUGAAUAUAUUCUGUAUUUUGGUGGAAAUGGAUUUGCAAUACCAAGAGCUGAUAAACCAGGAUUAAGGGAAUUUCUUUAUGAUGUGCAUCCUAGCAAGGAUCCAAAUGAUGUCCUGACCAUUAAAUUCUGGCAAACUGCUUUUAACUGUACUUGGCCAAAUGGUAGUAUUCCAUACAAUAUCGAUCAUAGAGUGAAUAUAAUUGGUAAAGAAGACAGAUUACAUGCCAUGUCUGAUACAUUCUUUACUGGAGAGGAGAAGUUGGAGGAUCUUAAAAAUACCUAUCUGGAUGUGGCUCAGCUAAGAAUUACAAACAACGUCAGACAAGCUGUGUAUUCUAUCUAUGCUUAUGCUCUGGACCAUUUAAGUAGAUGUGAAGAAGGUCAUGGGCCAUAUACUCCAGGAAACAUCUGUGCAUAUAUACCUGACUUCGAGCCUUGGCAGGUAAGUCAUUGUUUGGUACAAUUAGAGGACAAUACAAAGAAUGAUUUAAGUCAUCAUGGUAAACUGAGUCUGGUGGUUGGUGAGAAGGUGGACUUGAGUGGAAGAGAGAGUCCAUACAGGCAAGUAAUAGAAUAUAAGCUUCCUCAUUCAGUGUGUACUGAUGCAUGUGCUCCUGGGACUUGGAAGGGGAUUCGUCAGGGGGAACAAAUAUGCUGCUUUGACUCCGUCCUGGCUGAUGGACACGUGUCACAGAAACCAGGUCAAAGGGAGUGUGAACAAUGUGAUGAAGACUAUUGGUCAAAUGCACAAAAGAGCAAGUGUGUGCCGAAACAGGUGGAAUACCUUGCUUAUGAUGAGGCCUUGGGAUUCACGCCUGUCAUUCUUUCUGUCUUUGGGGCAUCUGUGGUCUUGGCAAUCACAACUGUGUAUGUGAUACACAGGCACACUCCCCUUGUGAAUGCCAAUGACCAGCAGCUGAGUUUUCUCAUUCAGUUUUCUCUGAUCAUCACGCUGCUGUCGUCCAUGCUUUCCACUGGCAAGCCACACAAUUGGUACUGCAUGGCCCACCAGGUCACUCUGGCACUGGGCUUUUCUCUUUGCCUGUCUUGCAUUCUUGGAAAGACUAUUUCACUGUUUUUAGCCUACAGAAUUUCCAAAUCCAAAACUCGACUUACAUCCAUGCACCUGCUUUAUCAGAUAAUCAUUGUGCUAAUCUCUGUUUUAUUUGAGAUUGACAUAUGUACAGCCUACUUGGUAUUGGAACCUCCCAGGGUAUACAAGAACAUGGAACCUCAAAAUGCAAAGAUCAUUCUGGGAUGCAAUGAAGGUUCCAUAGAGUUUUUGUGCUCGAUGUUUGGGAUUGAUGUCUUCCUAGCCUCGCUAUGUUUUCUUACAACUUUUGUGACUUGCCAGUUGCCAGAUAAUUACUAUGAAGGAAAAUGCGUCACCUUUGGGAUGCUCGUCUUUUUCAUCGUCUGGAUCUCUUUUGUCCCUGCUUAUUUGAGCACCAAAGGCAAGUUCAAAGUGGCUGUGUAAAUAUUUGCAAUCUCAGCAUUCAGCUAUGGUUUGUUGGGUUGUAUGUUUGCUUCUAAGUGCUUCAUUAUUUUGCUGAGGCCACAGAGGAACACUGAUGAAAUUGUUGGUGGAAGAGUCUCUGCCACAGAUAAGAGCAUCCAACUGACCUCAGCUUCUGUGAGCAGUGAGCUUCACAAUACCACAGUGUCAAUUGUUCUGGAUGACUAG